AUGCGACUCUUCAUCAUCCCGAUCUCGACUCGACGAGCUCUUAUCUAUUCGCGAACCUUCAGCAAGGAAGUCUCGAAGAAAAUUUCCCUGACCGAUCGGAUCACAAGCAAGGUCGCCCAGACCUGGGCUAAAUGGGAAGAAGCCGAUAAAGGCUGGAAAAAACAUCUCGUCUCCUGGGGCAAUCGUGUCCAGCAGCGGAUCCCCUUUGAAGAAUGGGGACUCAAGAGUAUCCCUUCUCUCAAUGCCCAACAGCGACUCGACCCGUCGCAUGGGUCGAAGCAGGUGGAUGUGCUGUUCCCGGGCAAUGCGAUCAAGGAGGAAAAGCUUCAGACAAUAUUGCGGGCUAUUGCCACUGAACGGCAAGAUCUGCAUCGCAAGAAAAUGUGGUGGAGCUUUCUUGCAGCCCCUAUAACGGCCCCGAUUGGAUUGAUUCCUCUAAUACCUAAUGUCCCCUUCUUUUACCUUGCGUAUCGAGGCUGGUCGCAUUGGCGAGCAUUGAAUGGCUCUAGACACCUGGAGUUCCUGGUUGAGAAGAACUUGCUAAAACCGGUCUCUUACCCCGCGCUUGAACAGUUGUACGCGAAGAGAGUCUCGCGCGCAUUAGAAAAUAUCCCUGUCGGAAAGCCCAUUCCUCAGAUGGUGGAGGAUGUGGAAAACAGCAAAGACACACUUCUACUCCGCAUGACCGAUGCCAAGAAAUUGGCAACGAUCCUGGAUGCCCCGGAGCUGGCCCUGGAAGCAGAACGGGCCAUUGUACAGGUCGAAGAGCAGUUGCGGAUACAGAAGAAGAAAGAGGAAGAAGAAUCUUCAAAGAAGGAGGUAUGA